UUGCUGCUCGUCACGGGGAGAGAAGAGUCCCCCCGCCGCCUUCCCGGCUUAACGCUUCCCUCCUCCCUCCCGCAGAACCGGCUGGACCUGCGAUGCGGAGCCCGGCGGCGGGCGGCGGUUCCUGAGGAUACGCGGCGGGAGAAUGCGGCAGGCGGGCGGGGAGAAGAUGGGCACCGGCGACAAGGAAAAUCAUUCUUCCGAGCCAUGCAGAAACCUACUGAAAACUCCUCUGAAACAAGCAGCUACCUCACUUUCGGUACUGACAGAGAUACAGCCUGACUGUCAGCCUCUAACCACACCCCCAAAGCCUAAAGAAAUCCCUCCAGCAGAUCCAUGGACACCUACUUCAAACCUGAAAAUGCUGAUUAGUGCAGCUAGUCCUGAGAUUAGGAGCAGAGAACAGAGAAGGGAACUGUCAAACAACACAAGUGAGGUCCUACAGGCAAAACACUGUUUGCAGGAGCACUUAUCAGGAGAUGAAUAUGAAAAAUCUCAACCAAGUCGGAAAGAGAAAAGUCUGGGAUUACUGUGUCAUAAAUUCUUAGCUCGAUAUCCUGAUUACCCCAGCACUGCAGAGAGUAACUACAUUUCACUUGAUGAAGUAGCUGAAGAGCUUAAUGUUGAACGCAGACGCAUCUAUGAUAUUGUUAACGUGCUGGAGAGCCUACACAUGGUGAGCCGCCUUGCCAAGAACAGAUAUGCUUGGCAUGGGAGACAUAACCUCUCCAAAACCUUGCAGGCUUUGAAAAAAGUUGGAGAAGAGAACAAAUAUACCCAACAAAUUCAGAUGAUCAAGAAAAGAGAGUACGAGCACGAGUUUGAUCUCGAUGGGGAAAGAAACGAAGAAAUGGCAAGACCUUUUGGCUCAAAUGAGCAUUCAGAAAUGUCCUUUGUUGAGCUCCCAGGAAUGGAAUUUCGUGCUGCAUCAGUAAACAGCAGGAAAGACAAAUCUCUGCGAGUGAUGAGUCAGAAAUUUGUGAUGCUGUUCCUUGUAUCAACUCCUCAAAUAGUAAGCCUUGAAGUUGCUGCUAAAAUCCUGAUUGGAGAAGACCAGUUAGAAGACUUAGAUAAAAGCAAGUUUAAAACCAAAAUUAGGAGACUUUAUGACAUAGCAAAUGUUCUCAGUAGCCUUGAGCUCAUCAAGAAAGUUCAUGUUACAGAGGAGAGAGGGAGAAAACCAGCAUUUAAAUGGACAGGACCUGAGGUCUUGCCAAAUAUCCAAGGUAUGUGUCUUUUCAUUCUGUUCUCAAAUUCAACGACCUGUCCCCCACCAAUUUCAGAGUCCAUCACUUCCAAAGAGCAGUGUUCAAAAAACCUUUUUCCUUCAAAAGGAAAGCAAAACUUCACUCGCCAUCCUUCUCUAAUAAAAUUAGUUAAAAGUAUAGAGAAUGACAGAAGAAAGAUCCAAUCAGCUCCAACCAGUCCAGUUAAAAUCAGUACAAGUACUGAUCAAACUUUACCACCUUUUCCAAGCAAGGUGUCUCAGGUUCCAGCAAUGGCUAAGCAGGAAGGACAAUCAAAGAAAGCAAAGGAGAUGAAAAUGAAAUUGUCAAGAUCUGCCUUGGAAGGUGAAUUGCCCUCCCCUGAGGCAAUCCCCAGGCCUGAACCUCCUCAGCCUGCAGCACCCUCUCAGCAGCCAACUCUCACACCACAGCUCGGGGUCUGUCCUCCCAGCCACAGUUCAGUCUCACCAGUAAUUCUACCUCAUACUCAUUCUGGUGUUUCAUAUGCAAUCUAUCUGCACCCUUCCCAAGCCCACACUGUGACAACAUACAGCCCCAGUUUCAUGUUGCAGCCUCUGCCAUGUGCUAAUGUAACUGGAAUUCAGAGUGUCAAUUCAAAAGUAUUAAAUAAAUUAACCACUGAGGAAGGUGACAAUCAGAUAGCAACAGAUAAUCCAACCAAAUCCUUGACAGCUAAAGAAAGACCAACUCUAAAAGCAGAAGCUUCAUCACAGCGGUGCCUUAAAAGAUCACAAGCAUUACAAGAGGAAAAUUUAAUUAAAAGGUGUAAAAGUGAUGAGGAAAGCCUUGAUACUUCUGUGGGAGAACCUGUUAAAAAUGAAAGCCCACCUUCCAGUAGCUCACAAAUCAAUCACAAAAUGGACAAUUUUCAGGAAGAGAGACAGAAGCAAACUGAACCAUUAGUUCAAAACACUGCAAGUUGUUAUGAUCAACAUAAAAGAGAAGAUAUUCCAGAAGAUGAGGACAAAAUCAAAACUAAACAAGACAUACCUGUAGCAUUUGCUAUUCCUGCUCCUGAGACCUUUUUUCCAUCUGGUUAUCUUAUUCCUCUCACUCAGUGCACCCAUGGCAACAAGACAAGUUUUCCUGAUACAGAGAAAGCUGCAAUAUGUUCCUUGCAGUGCACUACCUACAGCUCACCCAUUGCUGGUGUCAUUCCAGUGACAACAUCUGACCUGAAAGCAGUUAACAUUCCUGCUUUUCAGAUAACACCCUUGAAUAUCAUGGUGUCACCAACUUCUCUAGCAGCUACACCUGUACUGAGCAACUCCUGUCUCAAUUCAGGUGAUCCCAGUUCUGCCCCAAAUCCAAGUUCUUCAGUUCUGAACUUUGCACUGCAACAUGUGGGACUGAUACCUGCUGGUGUGCAAGUUCCUGCAAGUCCUGUUCUCCAGCACAAGCCAGUCUCAACACAACCUGAAAAUGUCAGCCAUAGCUCAGGAAAUAGGAACCCUCAAGAAGAGAAGUACCUUUCCCUCUUCUCUCUUCCAAAGGAAUCUCAAGAGCCCCAGACAGUUACAGAAAACUUUUUCCGCACACCAGGGGGGCCCAACACGGUGUCCUCACUACCUGCACAUCAAGAUGGUACCAAUAGGAUCUCUCAAGGAACUCUCUAUAUCCCCCAACGAAAACUUGAAGUGUCAGAAGACUAAUUUUAGGGUAUCAGAUUGCUGAAUGUGUUAGCAAGCAUAAUUACUGGUAACACACUGCA